AUCUGAAGAACAAGGAAAUCGGAGGUGUCUCAAACCGGUCACCUAAAGCAGCACUGCGCAAGGAGUUCGCGGGAGGAAAGCCAGCUCUGAUGGGACUCGUCGCCUAAGCACAAUGCCACUCACUGAUGUCAGUCCAGGACCCUCAUGGUCACCGACGAUCCCUGUGUCUCUCUGUCUGUUGAUAUCGUCCUGAUACCUGUCUGCGUGACAUCUGCCUGUCAGUUAUCCUACACACAUCACACGCUCAAAUAUGGCACCCGUUCCUCCCGGCAUCCGCUUCCUGGUGUCCUUCAACAGGGACCAGUGGUACCGAGCUUUCACCUUCGGCCUGACCUUCCUUCUGUACACCAGCUUCCACCUGUCCCGGAAGCCCAUCAGCAUCGUCAAGAGUGAGCUGCAUAAGAACUGUUCCCAGAUCAGUGAGCUGUCUACAGAGAGCAGCGGUAGCAGUCAGCACCAUGUCCCUCAUUCAGACUUUGACUGCAGCUGGAAACCAUUCGACAAAAAUAACUAUAAGCAGCUGCUUGGAGCAAUGGACUACUCGUUCCUCUGUGCCUAUGCAGUAGGCAUGUACCUCAGUGGGAUUAUAGGAGAGCGUCUGCCCAUCCGUCUGUACCUGACUGGUGGCAUGUUAGCCAGCGGCCUGUUCACCGCUCUGUUUGGGAUGGGUUAUGUCUACAACAUCCACAAUCUCAGCUUCUACAUCUUAGUUCAGGUGUUUAAUGGUUUGGUGCAGACGACUGGCUGGCCCAGUGUUGUUACCUGCAUUGGUAACUGGUUUGGAAAGGGCAGGAGAGGCCUUAUCAUGGGUCUGUGGAAUUCCCACACUUCCGUUGGGAAUAUACUGGGAUCCCUGAUCGCUGGGUACUACGUGUCCACAAACUGGGGCAUGUCCUUCAUCGUCCCGGGCAUCAUCAUGGCAGUCAUGGGCGUCGUCUGCUUCCUCUUCCUCAUCGAACAUCCUAAUGAUCUGAAAGCGUUCAACGCAUGCACACAAGAUUCUGCAAACGGGAACAAGAAACUGCAGAAGAACUGGAAUGGUUUGAAUGGACAUAAGGACCUGUACCUCCAGUACAAACCAGGAAGCAAAGCACAGAGCGGUGACAUGGAGUUACUUCUUGCUCAGGACCAUGUGGAGAUGUGUCUUCCAGUCCAGCAGGUGGUGGUAGUGAAGAGUGAUGCAGAGCCCUCUGCCAUCAGUUUCAUGGGAGCGUUGCGUAUUCCGGGUGUAGUGGAGUUCUCUCUCUGUCUGCUGUUUGCCAAGCUGGUCAGCUACACUUUUUUAUUCUGGCUGCCUCUGUACAUCACCAAAGCAGCACAUCUCGAUGCCAAAAGGGCUGGUGACCUGUCAACACUGUUUGAUGUUGGAGGUAUUGUGGGGGGUGUCCUGGCUGGUGUCAUCUCUGAUAAGCUGGGUAAAAGAGCCACCACAUGUGCAGUGAUGCUACUGUUAGCUGCUCCCACACUUUAUGGUUUCUCUAUGAUGAGUCAGUUUGGCUUGGGUCCCACGAUUGCCAUGCUUUUGGUAUGUGGAGGUCUAGUGAACGGGCCUUAUGCUCUCAUCACCACGGCUGUGUCUGCUGAUUUGGGCACACACAAGAGCCUGAAGGGGAACGCCAGGGCACUGUCCACAGUGACGGCCAUCAUCGACGGCACUGGAUCCGUCGGCGCUGCACUGGGCCCCCUGCUGGCCGGUCUGUUGUCUGCAGGAGGCUGGGAUCAAGUCUUUUACAUGCUCAUGGCAGCUGACUUCUUUGCACUACUGCUGUUGUCGAGACUGGUGUUGAAGGAGCUGAGCUCACACAAAAGCCGUCCUGGAGUUUCCGUUGAACUGAAGGAGCACUGAGCACUUUACACUAUCCAGAGAGAGAGAGAAAGAGAGAGAAAGAGAGAGAGAGAGAGAGAGAGAGAGAGAGAGACGGAGGAGAAGUGGAAUGUAUACAUCUCUGUGGAUCAGCACUAGCUGUGCUCAUCUCUUCACCUGGACCAACUAGAGACUGGACCAAAACUCGACCAAAGCCUGAAACUGGGCUGAUGAUCUACUCAGCUGUCCCUGAAUGAAUGUCCAAACCUUAGGAAGGGUUUUUUUUGUUUUUUAAUGUGACACUUACUGUGCCGGAUGCCACUAUACACCAAGAUGAAGGAACGCCAUGUCACACAUAAUGUACAAUUAGGAACAUGAAAAAGACAGAUCGAAGUGAAGUCCAGAGGAUGGAGGGUUAAGUGUUUUGGGGAGGGGGGGGGGGUUCUUUUUCUAUUUCUCUUUCUCUAUUUUUCUUUCUUUAUUUUCUUUUAAUCAUAAAGAAUAAUCAAAGUUAAAUUUCUUAAACGUUUGAAGGAUACACUU